AUGUCGAGUAAUGCUCCCUAUGAGACAAAUGCCUUUGCUCCUUCAUCGCCAUCACCAGUGGUUGACUCCACUCAGACUCCUUCUCGCCAUCACAUGGUUACAUGCUCCAGGGUUGGUAUUCACAAACCUAACCCUAAAUAUGCUAAUCUUCAUGCUCUUGUUGAUCUUCCACAGGAACCAAAGACUAUUCUCUCUGAUCUCAACCAUCGUGGUUGGAACAAGGCUAUGCAAGACGAAACACAGGCACUCCAUGACAACCACACAUGGACCCUCAUGCCCCGCACCCCAUCCAUGGAUGUCAUUGGCUGCAAAUGGGUCUUCCAAACCAAAAUCAAUGCCGAUGGCUCUCUUGAUCGACUCAAAGCUCGGCUUGUUGCUAAAGGAUUCCAUCAAAUGGAUGAGGUCAAUUAUAUAGAGACUUUCUCUCCUAUCAUCAAACCUGGCACCAUUCGUAUUGUUCUUACCUUAGCUCUUUUUCAUCGUUGGGACAUUCGCUAG